AUGGCGUCUUUCACUCGUUCUACACCUUCAAUCGCUGAAAAGAAGAAGGGCCUUGACAUCAUCACCAACAAGGUUUCCGAGUCUGAACGUUGUGGCAUUCCCCAUCACCUGCUAGGCAUCAUUGAUGACCCUGAUUAUGACUUCACCAUUGAUGACUUUUGCAAGCAUGUCCUUCUUGCUCUUGAUACCAUCAUUGAAAAUGGACACCUACCCAUUAUCGUGGGAGGCUCCAACACUUACCUCGCAGCCUUGCUGGAGGACCCUAACAUUGCAUUUCGUUCCAAAUAUGACUGUUUCUUCAUCUGGGUUAAUGUGUCUUUGCCUGUGUUGUUUCCGUAUUUGGACAAAAGGGUGGACGAGAUGGUUGAUGCAGGAGUUGUGGAUGAGAUUCGAGAAGCUUAUGUGGAUGGAGCAGAUUGCACUCGUGGGAUCAGAAGAGCCAUUGGGGUUCCUGAGCUGGGAGAGUAUUUCCUUGUCGAGAAGGAAAUCUACGACGAGGCUCUAAAGAAGAAGAUGCUGCAACAUGCUAUUGUCAAAACCAAAGAGAACACUUGUAAGUUGGCUGAGAGGCAACUUUUGAAGAUCCAUAAGAUGAACUAUGAUCUUGGAUGGAGAAUGAGCAAAAUUGAUUCCACAAAAGUGUUUGAGGCUGUUUUAAAAGGAGUGGAUUAUAAGCAAUUGUAUGAAGAGAUUGUGCUGAAACCAAGCUUGGAGAUGGUAGAAAUAUUUCUGCAGGAGACAACUUGGACAUGGGGAAAGACACUUCACCUAAAUGAUGAAAAUGUGACCAUUUGUGCUUAA